AUGGACGCAUUGCGUGCAGGACCGGACGCCACACCUCCAAAUAACAUGAAACAGGCACUCAUCUUCAAUGGUUCGACGAUCGCUGCUACCGCCUUCAUGUUCCUCAUCGGGUUCAGAGGAGAACAAAAGAGAAGAGAGCUGGAUCUCGAAAAGUUGCAUGAAGUUGAAGAGAUUGAGGGUCAUGGCGCAAGCCAAGAUACCGCUCCGGUCUCGUCCAUCGAGAA